GCAAACCGUUAAUCCAACACUGACGCGUGGAGAAUGUCUUUCAAUUUGGGAAACACGUCCAGUACUGGGCUAGGUUCUACGAGUACUCCAGCAAAACGAUAACAUGUGAACCGUUGUUGUCUGCUGCUAAUAAUCCCAAUGGCACGCUCCGUAACUUGGUGCUUCCUACCGAGAACCGACUAUACCUGCCCUGAUUUACGAAGAUGUUUAUGGCAGCAGAAUCCCAUAAUCGAAUUAUAAUCCUGGAGGCGUGUACGGACGACUUGGGUGCGAUAAUCACACAUGCACAAUGCAAUCCCGAAGUGAAUUUAAGCUACGCUCGUUUGGCACCUGGAUUGACCGUCGCUGUUUUCGUUUCGUUUUCACCAGCCGCAUUUGGUAACUUCUCGUUCGGGGCACAAUCCUCGACACCAGCGUUUGGGGCAACCGCAACUAGUUCAGCGGCUCCGACAUUGUUUGGUACGGGUACAGCUACCAGUAGCCCAUUUGGGGGUUUUGGGGCCACUACUGCAGCGGUGGCACCAGCUUCAACCUCGGCGUUUGGAUUUGGAACCAACACAGCCACGUCAGCUCCAGCAUUUGGCUUUGGAACGUCCACCGCUCCGACCGGCACCUCAGCGUUUGGUGGUUUCGGUGCAGCCCCAGCAUCGACCACGGCUGGUUUCGGAGGUUUCGGAGGAACGGCAACGAGUACUGCUCCGGCUUUCGGAGGCUUCGGAGGUUUUGGCGCAACUAGUACCAGCACCGCUCCCUCUCUGUUCGGCCAAACCGCUACAAACACCAGCACUGGCUUUGGCGGAUUUGGGUCAUCCUUCGGUGGGGGCGUGUUUGGUCAGCAAGCCAACACAGGAUUAGGCUUCGGUCAGUCUCUGCAACAGCAACAGCAGCAACAACAGCAAACGGCUGCGCUAAGUGCGGAGGAGGCGUUCGCCCAAUCCAUCUUCAAUGUGUCCAUUUUCGGCGACGAGCGGGACACUGUUAUCGCCAAGUGGAACUAUCUGCAGGCGAUGCUGGGAACUGGGAAGGCAUUCUACUCCCAGAGUAAUCCCCCGGUGGAUAUUACACCCAGCAAUUAUUUGUGCCGAUUCAAAACCAUGGGCUACACCAAACUUCCCGGCAAAGAGAACAAAGUUGGAUUUGUUGGUUUAACGACAAACAAAACCGUCGGACAGUUGAAAGAUCAACAGCAGCAAUUCAUCGCCAAUCUGAAUCAAGUGUUCGGGAACAGAGCAAACAUUGCGAUUACCGUCGAUAGCAUCAAAACGGUUGGAGAGAACAAAUCACAAAUAGUGAUUUACGUGGAGGAAAAAUCGAUGACUUCAAACGAAACGAAAAGAAUCCUAGCCACGGAGGUUUCCAACUAUCUGAACCAACCCACUCCCAAGCAACAGAUAUCAACGAUGGGCGUCGAGACGAUUGUUGCGCUUGUGCUCCCCGAGGAGGAUCAGCUGAAGGAAUAUCUGGAAAAUCCUCCGAAGGGGAUCGAUCCGCGUAUGUGGCAACAGGCCAAAAUUGACAAUCCGGAUCCGAAACGUUUCAUUCCGGUGCCGAUGAUUGGUUUUCAGGAGCUCAAGUGGCGCAUCAAGUGUCAGGAGGGAGAAACCGGUAUCCAUGUGUCGUAUUUGGAUAAGGUGGAGAAGGAGAUCGAACAACUGAAGCAGAGACACACGAAUACGACGGCCAAGAUAAUGGAGCAUCGGCGGAAAUUCGCGGAGUUGAGUCACCGCAUAUUGAAGAUCAUUGUCAAACAAGAAAGCACACGGAAGAUGGGCCUAGGUCUUUCCCCUGAGGAGGAAAUUAUUCGGAGCAAGUUGGAGAAUAUGCAUGCGCUGGUGUCGACUCCAACGCAAUUCAAAGGAAAGCUUAGCGAACUGCUGUCACAGAUGAGAAUGCAGAGAAAUCAAUGGGCACACACUGGUGGAAUCAAUGAAUACACAUUGGACAAAGAUUCGUCAGAAGAAAUGAAGAGUUUCCUGACAAUGCAACAGAAGGCGAUGGCUUAUCUGGUGGAAACUGUCAACAAAGAUCUGAAGGACCUCAAAAUUAUUUCGGAUGGAAUGGCUCGCUUGAUACAACCUUAGAAAUACGUGGAAUGCAUUUAUUUCAAUUGAUACGUGUGAAAAUAAAAUGUUCAUUAUUAAAUUA